AAUACGUGGUGUGUGUAUAGCGUUGUUGUGGUGUUCACUACACUGUAUGAGUACCCAUGCAUUCUCUAUGAGUGCCAGUACAGAGUGUAUGCAAUUCGGUCGCCAUUUCAUACAGUGAGUGCAAAAGAGGUGUCACUCGAGUGUAGCACACAUUGAGACCACAGACAGACAUCGGAUCCAAUUGAUCGCUAUCUCAUAGUCUCUUAAUUAGUCACUUUUAGUAACCCAUUUCACUCAACCCAUUGUCUUAACCACUGAUUUAGCCAUCGUUUUAGCCACAGACACCCAGUGUUGCGGUCCAGUCAUCGAUACGACUGUUUUGCUAUCAAUUCACAAGACAUUUGUUAUCAUAUUAUCAAUAAAUUGAGUCAAAUAUGUCGGCGAAUAGAAGUGGAGUCCAAAGGCCUAACGGUGCCACUCAGGGAAAGAUAUGUCAGUUUAAACUCGUAUUAUUAGGCGAAUCGGCGGUCGGGAAGUCCAGUCUAGUGUUGCGUUUUGUGAAGGGACAGUUCCAUGAGUACCAGGAAAGCACCAUUGGAGCCGCAUUCCUGACCCAAACGGUAUGUUUAGACGACACGACCGUUAAAUUUGAGAUCUGGGACACCGCCGGACAAGAGAGGUAUCACAGCUUAGCGCCCAUGUAUUACAGGGGAGCGCAGGCGGCUAUCGUCGUAUAUGAUAUCACUAACCAGGUAUUGAUGCGUGAAUUGCGGUACCGUUUGUCUGUCAACACUAACUCC